GAUAUAUCAAUAGUGCCAUCGAUAGUUUUCCAGCUCUAAUACUAAACAAAGCCGGCUUGUUUUCUUUCUAAAUAAAUAAAGCUCUCAGUCAUCAAAAUGAUUACGGACGUGCAAUUGGCAAUUUUCUCGAACGUUUUGGGUGUAUUUCUGUUUCUGCUCGUCGUUGCCUAUCACUAUAUUAAUGCCAACACCGGAAAAUCGAGCACCAAAACCAAAUGAUCUUUAAGAUUUCCGCAAAUUAAUUAAUACAACUAUCAAUACAAUGCAACAUUCGAGUAAAAGUAAAAGUAAUAAAAUGGUAACAUAAAACUAA